AUGAAGAGGUCUAUUAUCACCCCUCAAUUACCCCCACAAUACCACCCGCUGGCUCAGCCACGCCCCUUCGAGCCACUCGUCAAGCCGACUUUGGACGCUGAUGCACGCUAUCCGUUCGCGCAUCUCAUACCAAUCCACAUGCUGCCCCCUCUCGGCCACGCCUCUUCCCCACUCGCGCCGGUUGCUGUUCCAUGCACGACCAGCUCGUUGAGCUCCCUCAGCACACCUUCGAUGUGUUUUGCCCCCUCCAGCUUGUCUGGCCUCACUACGGCAACCACUGGUCGCACAACCGUCACAUCGACGAUUCCACCAACAACCGCCUCUGCCGUCACCAGUCCCACCAUCGGCACAAACGAGCCCCAUUCAACCAUCUCUUGCCCAUAA